AUAGCUAGCCAGUUGGAGUGGAGUAGUGCCAGCGGCGGUCCUCACCCUGCCUUCUGUCUCUCGUCGCCUGUCACAGCCUUUGAGCAGCGUUCAAGCUCGGACAGACAGCAGUCCAAUCAACGCUGCGGGGGAACUCGUUAGCCGGUCUGGUGGCACUUCCACGCACUGAGAUGCCAGGAAAGUCGCGCUUCAGCAGUAGAGCUCGUCGAGGCUUUCGCUGUGAUUUUUGAGAAGCAUCUCUGUGAAAGAGAGUACAGUUUGUCACCGUUAGCCGGCUGCACAGGUGUGAAAAGUCAGUGUCAUGACUGGAGCUGAGACUGAGGAUGAUAUUCCAUUAGGUGAAAGGAAGACUGUCACAGACUUCUGCUAUCUCCUGGACAAGUCCAAGCAACUCUUCAAUGGGCUACGAGACCUUCCUCAAUAUGGACACAAGCAGUGGCAGUCCUACUUUGGGCGGACCUUUGACGUCUACACUAAGCUAUGGAAAUUCCAGCAACAACACAGGCAGGUUCUGGACAGUCGGUAUGGACUGAAGAGAUGGCAGAUUGGUGAAGUUGCAUCCAAAAUUGGACAGCUUUAUUACCACUACUACCUUCGUACCUCAGAAACAAGUUACCUGAAUGAGGCCUUUUCAUUCUACUCAGCCAUUCGUCAGCGCUCCUACUACUUUCAGGUCAACAAAGAGGACAGGCCUGAAUUAGUAGUGAAGAAGCUUCGUUAUUAUGCUCGCUACAUAGUCGUCUGUUUACUUUUAAACAAGAUGGACCUUGUCAAAGUUUUGGUGAAGGAGUUAUCUGAGGAAAUUGAAGACUACACACAGCGUUUCAACACAGAGGACCAGUUGGAGUGGAACCUGGUUCUGCAGGAAGUGGCAGCUUUUAUAGAGGCGGAUCCUGUGGUAGUUCUGAACGACAACAAUUCUGUCGUCACCAUCAGCAAUCGGCUGCAGGAGGGAAGUGUGCCUCCACUGGAACAAGGCAUGGUGGUUGGGCAGCUCAUCCUUGCUGACGCACUAAUCAUCGGCAACAGUAACAACCAGGUGAAGUUCAGUGAGUUAACCAUAGAUAUGUUCCGCAUGCUUCAAGCUUUGGAGAGGGAACCAGUAAACCUGGCCACACAGACCUCCAAGCAAGGAACGAUGGAACCCAACGAAAAGCCAGCGAAGAGAGAAAACCCUCACAAGUAUUUGCUGUAUAAGCCAACCUUCAGCCAGCUUUUUACUUUCUUGUCUGCCUCUUUUAAGGAGCUACCUGCUAACAGUGUUCUGCUCAUCUACCUGUCAGCUACUGGAGUCUUCCCUACUGGGCAUUCAGAUUAUGAGGGACCAUAUGAUUUUGGAGGAGUUCUCACGAAUACAAAUCGAGAUGUGGUGAAUGGAGAGACGGUGCAGAAGAGGAAUCAGGCCCAGAAGGAAAUGCAUUGCCUUCAUCCAGGAGACUUAUUCCCUUUCACCCGGAAGCCUCUUUUUGUCAUUGUGGAUUCUUCAAACAGCACGGCCUACAAGAAUUUUACAAAUCUAUUUGGCCAGCCCCUGGUGUGCCUACUAUCACCUACGGUAUAUCCCAAGAGUGUACAAGAUCAGUCUCAGCGUGGGAGUCUCUUCACUCUGUUCCUCUACAGUCCGCUCUUGGCUUUCUCCUCCGUGUGUGGCUUAAACAGUGUGCAACGAGGUCUUUGGGAAAGAGCUCAAGAAUUCCUUCACAAAGUGUACCGUGACAUUGGGCAGAUGCUAACACGAUCGCGGACCAUAGAUCAAGCCUUUUUGCAGUUCUUUGGUGACGAGUUCCUGCGGCUGCUGUUGAUCCGCUUUGUGUUCUGCUCCGCUGCACUGAGACUGCAUAAACUCUUUCGGGAAUCUCAGAGUUUCCCGGAAUCCUAUCCAGAGCUCCCCAAACAGGACACAGUGGAGAGCAGCCUUCUACAGAAGCAUAUUUUGGAGCUGGCGACCAUGCUGGACGUGCAGAGCUUAUUUUGGGAUGAUUCACUGGAAGCCUACUAACAUCUUCACACAGGGCAGUAUGGCGUAUAUGUAAAUACAGACUCCACUGCCAAAGCCCUCAUGGUCAUUUUGUUUUUUAACAGGUAAUGAAAAAAAAAAAACCCAACAUGCAAGUUCAUGUCCUCCAUGUAAGUGUUAAUGUCAUGCAACAGAAAGAUGUUCACAUAGUUUCUUCUCAUAAAUUCCCCAUUUUGACUCUCAUUGGCUUGCCUGGUAAAUAUGAGCAACAUAAGAGUAAAACAAAUGAGACGCUCCACAUUACUGUUCAGCUUACUAGUUCUUGUUUAUCAGCUUCUAACUUUUUUCACGACAGCAGACUAUCAUCAAGAUGAUAACAGCCUUGGUAGUUUGUUGUAAAAAGAUUUUUCAUCAUUUAUUAACGUAAAGGAACAAAGAAAGGAAACAUUCUUGGCAGCUUUCAUGUGGUUUUUGAUCCACCUGUAAAAAAGACAAGCAUGGUAGAGCUAAAAAUGCAUCAGGAAAUGUAACAGUUAUUAUAUGAGCACAUUAUUCACCAAAAAUAUUAUUAGUGCUGGAGUUUUGUGUUUGCCAAACAGCGCUUGGUGUAUCAACUUGCAGCACGCUAAAGGUGCAUGAGGUUUUGUUUCGCCACAUGUUGUGAGUUAGUCGCUUUCAUAUCAUUAACAAACUAAUUCGGAGACUUUUUUUUUUCAGCCUUGUGUGACGUGAUAGUGCUUCAUUUCCCAUUUCACUGUGCUGUACUUGCAUGCUAAAAAAGGCAAAGACGUGUGUCAGUUAGUGUGCUCCAAAGAGGAUGCUCCACCACACAAAAGAAAUUGUAGAUGUUCAGAUGACUUGGAAUGAGAAAGUAAAGGGAAGUAGUGCAUGUGUUGCAUGGGCCUGUACAGUUUAGUUAGUCAAUCGGUGAAGACAAUCUAGUGAGAGGUGGGAGAGGUGGUGACCUGUCAGAGGUUCAAAUUGUUGUGCUUUCUGAUAACACAGAUCGUUACUUUUAUUACUGAAAAGGCUAGGCACCUGUUAUCUUCAUGAUGACAGCAUUAACGUGUGGCCUGCCACCUAAUCAGAACAUCCUUAGCUGCUUUCUUAUAAAGCACAAGAAAUACCAGUCGUGCUCCUCUCGCUAUGUCCUUAAGUCAUUGCUGUCACCAUACUGGCUGGUGGCUUUUACUCCUUUAAGCUCAAAGAUGGUUCCAGGCAACUUUGCACCGCAGGAAUUCAGGGCUGCCCCAAAAGUUUACUAUGAAUGCCAAUUUAUCAGGAUCCUAAAAGCAAAACUUAUGGCUUUCUGGAUGAGCUUUGUUUCUACCCUUGCUUGUGGCCCUAAGCUGCAGGGAGUGACUUCCUUUGAACCAACUCUAGUGUCUCGUGGCGAUAACCCGCAUUCACACUGGAACAUAUCAAUGAGAAACCACAGAAAGUGAACAGUAUUUAGUGACUAUGGGCGAAAAAAAUGCUGGCGACGCAACUUCCAGGUGAGCAACUUAAAUGACCACCAAUGAGAAUGAAGAAUACUGUUGAUUGACAAAUGACCUGGUAUUAAAUACAUUAGAGGCUCACCUAAGUGAUCAAUGCAAUGUGCAACGAAUGAGUCAGUCAGAAGAGCCUCAGAGUAUGGCUUCUGCUCCUCCACAUCGAAAGGAACCACGUGAAGUUGUUCCAGCAUUUGACUAGAUGCCUGCUAGGUGAGGUGCACGUCUUACAGGGAGAAAAAACCAUGACAGUCCCAGGACCCGCUGGAGGGUCGAGCUUCCCUGCAAUCUCUGCCAAAACUACAGCCUUCAAAUCCUAGACCCAUAGAUGGAUAUUAGAAUCCCUAUUAGCUGUGUCUUAAAGGAAAGCUAAUCUUAGUGGGGUCCAAACUACAUUAAUAUCAAAUCCAUAUGAGAACUUGCAUAGCACAGUACUAAAACUUCAUAAAAGCAUACAUAAAGGUAUAAAAAAGAGCAAUUUGACAUAUCUGCGAUCAGUUAUAUUAGUGUCUGUUGCAAAUUUUGCACAUUUGUUUGUGCUUUAAAAGCAUUAGACUGCUACGUAUAGACUUUGGCUUUUGUUGUUGAAAUCUUAGAGUUUAUCCAGUGAGUGAGUCCCCAGUAGGUUGUAAGGGCUGCUAAUGCAGUAGGUUUGUUAGCGAUCCUGGAAACUGUAGCAGUUCAGAAUGAAUACUAAAGAGAAGGCUGCACUAGACCAGCCUGCGAGUUCCUGCAGUGGAAAACCGCCUCCCAUUUGCCAUUAAAUGUUUAAUUCUCAAUUCACAAUCUGUCUCUCACAGAGGCUUGGAGGAAUUUUAGCUCAAUUUUACCUCCAACUUAUUGGUAGCUUUCUUUGUUUGAUUAUUUAAUUGUCUUUUAGAGAAAACGUUUGAUGUUUUUGGUCACACUGAAAUGCAUUCAUUGUUGAUUUGGUCUUUUUAUGUGAUUAUUUGUGAAUAGAAGUGUGUGUGUAUAUAUAUAUAGUAUAUAACAUCACCAACCAGUUCCAUUGAAACCUCUAACGUCUAAGAGGUAUUAGCUAAAAAGAAAAAUUGUCUUUAUAUUCAAGCUUUCAGUAUUGCAUUGGCUAAUAUGCAUGCCUCAUAUCUUUAAUGUAGUGGGGCAGAUGUAAAAGGUCCAAAGGUUUAUCAGGAACUGCUGUCGAUUUAUUCCUGGCAGCAGCAGGGGAAAGUGACUGCACAUGGCUGCUGAAAUUUAACUGCACUUGUUGAAAUGUUGGAAUGAUACAGCAAUGCAAGAAGCAGCUGGUUGAAAUGACAUUUGACUUUUUAGUGUUGAUUUUUUUGUUAUUGCCACCAUUGGAGUGUGCACACAUGAUGUAUAAUAGUGUUGCGCAGAGAUGUGUUUGUUCAGUAUUUUGCAAGACUAUGUAAUCCAUAAUGAAAUAUGAAGUUAAAGCGAGGAGGAGCAACAUGGUAAAGAGGCCAGUUUGUUCUUUGACCAUUUUUCUCUAGUUACAUUCCAGCUUUCCGAGGAUGUGAAGAGAGGCAGAGGACGAGUGUUUUCUCAGUGUUACAUUUGUCUAUGGAAGUCAGCUGUUUCUACAUUUUCUUUUCUUUUUACCGUAAUGUGUUUCCUGUAUUGACAGUUAUGACAUUUAAAAUAUUGUAGGCUUGCACUUUAUGAGAUUUAAUGUUCUUCUGAUCUUGUUAGUUGUUCUUUAGUCCAGAAAUUGAAAAAUACUUUCAUGUUGUUGUUCUUCAUACCAGCCCUACACACUGGUGACCUUCUUUCUCUUGAAGAGUAAAAGUUACGUGGGUCACUGAUUUUAAACUUUUCAUCUUUUGUCAUGUUUUUAAUAGCAGUUGGCUGUAUUAAGUAGGCAGCAAUAACAUGUCAUUUACAUGUGUGAAAAAGAAUGAGAAAGAUUUCUGUGGUGCUCAAACGUAAUGCUGUUGGUGAGGAUUGCAAUACCAAUGAUGUUUUCUAACACUUUGUAUCAAUGGUACACAGUAAAUCCUCAAACACUGCAUACUGACAAAUUUGUCAGGUACUAUUCCAAAAGUCUUGUUUCUGUGUUGUUAUAACUUCUUACUGUACAUUCAGUUCUCAGAGCUCAAAAGAUCUCUGAAAAGGUUCAACACUUUGGCCUGCUGACACAAAAUUAGCAUUUUUCUAUUGGAAAAUAACCCCAAACACAAACUGCUGCUGCCCCUUCAUCGGAAUUAUAACGACGAAACCUGAUAAAUAAAAGAAACGAAGAACGUAACUUUGAGCUUCUGUUAACCGUUUGUGGAACUUCUGUUUCUGUUGUUCAUGUUCAAAACAUCACCACAAAUGCAACAUUUGUUAUGUAGCAGCACUUGGAUCAUUGAUGCAAACAGUGUGUAUUAUUUAAAGUUGCCUCUCACAGAUGUUUCCUGAAACUUGUUUUUUUUUUGGGGGGGGGGGUUCAUGUUGCAGUCAAUUUUAUACUACUCUACCCAGCAGCGUAUGAAGCAUGGUGCGAUAACAUGUUUAUAACAUUCUGUAUGAUGGAAAUGGGUCGUGAGUCACAUGAUUUAAUGGCUAUGUGAAGACUAGAUUGUUAAAAUGUUUUUUGGUGCAAUAUUCUCGAGGUAAAUUCACUGCACAAUUUUAUUUUAUUUUUAAACAAUAGAACAAAAAACCCAUUAGUAGUUCACGCAAAAUAAACAGCUAUGUUAAAUAAAAUGUCAAGUUGUGUAAACAAGGUACUAAAAUUGUAUCACUAAAAUAGCUUCUGUGAACAAAAUAUUAACAAGCUCAUCUUGUAUGAUAUGUAUGAAUUUGAUUAAAUAAGGUAGCUUGUGAGAAUGAAAUAUUUACAGAUUAUACAAUUAUGCAAACAACAUGUUGCAAGUUGUGCAAACAAAUUACUAAGAAGGUGGAUUCUGUGAGACUGAUGGAACUUUUACAGGCAUAAUAUGACCAAGAUGACUCGUGUGGGAAACAUCACUGCGCAAACGAGAGACUGUCACAGUACAUGCUUUACAUCCUUUGGUCGGUGUUUUUAGGAGGAUUUAAAUACUACUAGCAAUGAACAAAAACAAAUGACACAUUAUACACUGCAAGUCGAAAUGUAAAAGCAGUGUGUGUUACAAGCUAAGUACCCCCUAUGAUUCAGAAACUCGUAGAACCACGUUUAACAACAAUAACUCAAAGUAAUCAGAAAGUCCCAUCACAGCAUUUUAGUCAGGUUGAGGUCUGGACUUUGACUUUUUUCAGUUAUUCUGUUAUAGAUUAGCUGCUGUGUUUAGGGUUAAUGUCCUGUUGAUGACCCAAUUUCAUCCAGGCUUUAACUGUCAGACAGAUGGCUUCACAUUUAAAUCUUGAACAUUUUGGUAUACAGAGCAGUUCAUGCUCCACUCAGUGACCGCAAGGUGCCCAAAUCAUCAUCGCUCCACCACCGUGCUGACAGUUGGUCUGAGGUGUUUGUGCUGGUGUUGUGAAAUGGAGCUCUUGGGUUUGUUGCAGUGUUUGAAAGAUUGACACAUGUCUUGAAUGUUUUCCACUUGUGAAUAAUCCGUCAAACAGUGGACAACAGAUUGUUUGGAAAUGGCCAUUUAACACUUGCCAGGUUGAUGGGCAGCAACAUUUUCUUAUUAAAGAUCGUUGUUGAUGUCUUUGCUCUUUGGCGUUGUGUUAACACACCUGAAUGCUCAGGAGCAGCAAACUACCUAAACCUGAGCUUAUAUGGAGGUGCUCACACUUGCUGAUGAUCAGAUAAUCAAGUGGAUUUGAUUAGCAGUGCCUGGCUGCUGCUUGCCACCUUAAUUCCUUUUGAAGCAGUUAAAGUGUGCCUACUUUUUCACACGCUGCUUCUGCAUUUGACACAAAAUUUAAUAUGUUGUGUGUUAUGUUGUUGUUCAUUACUGCAAUGAAUUUAUCAGAAUGUGUAAUCUGCAGGAUUAUACAGAGGAUAUCACUGCUGUAAACUAAAAUGGAAAUCUAAACCCUGAAAUCCAACUCUGUCCAAACCACAAAAGACUUUUUAUUAUUCUUCUGCUGUCAUGUUGCUAUUCCUGUCAUAAUUAUCUGACAUGUUGGGUGUUCAAGGACUACAAAUGUUCAGCGUUUUGUGACAUAAAUUUGCCUUAUUUUGAAAAGUUUCACUCUUUUAUUUUCCAGAAUUCACACGGUCAUAUAUUUAUAUUUUUGUUGCAAUCAUGCCAAUUCAGUCCAUUUCAAAGUAAUCAAAGUGAAAAUGCACAGAAGAUGCUGUGAUUUUUGAAGGCCAGCUAUGGGGGUGAAAUCUGCCUAGGCAGUAUUAGAAUCCAACAGAGCACAAGAAAUAAACUUGUUUUUGACAUGGACGCACAAAGCCCCAACUCCACGUCAGCAACCUGCUAACGCACGUCACAAAUAACUGCCAACUGAUCAAUUCUGAUUUCUUCCCCAGAUGUGCAGGGGUCCUUUCUACUGUUUUCUACUUGUAAAAUUGUCCAAAAGAUGGGAGCACCCGUCCUUUAUACCCACAUGUGUCACAUGCCUGUGAUUAUCAGUGUCAAAAUGUCAAAUGUAUUUUUAAUAUUUCUUUAAAAAAAAAGAAAAAAGAACAGAUGUUUAUCUGUAAGCAGCAUGUUUGUUUAGAGUAGGAGGUGCCAAAGACUGGUGUAUUCUCAUGUUCCCAUCUUAACAAUGAUUAAAAUCAGUUAUUGUAUCAGAUGUUGCUUUUUUCCCCCUCUGUGAUGGAGCCAAUAAUGAAAACAAUAUUUGGCUUCAUUAAAGGAGUGUCCUG